AUGCCCGUCCGUGAGCAUGGAGAAGCUGACCGACAGGGCUCCGAGAGCUCCGGGAAUACUAGCUGGAUAUCGCAAGAAACAGUGCGGGAUAGCGAGGGACCGCCUAAGAAUCUGAGCAAGUCGGUAUCUGCACGCGAUGCCGAACCGUUCCCCGGUACUUUGAUGGCCAGAUCCGGAUCAUCCCAAGCUCCGAGAAUCGACUGGGGGUCUUCGCAUUGGUCAUGGAGCUCACCGGAUAUUUCGCCCACCGAAGAACGCAAAGGCUCUGGAUUUAGCAAGGAUCGAAAAGCGCUCGCGAUCCUUGGAGCUGGUGAUGAUUUUACUCGGACAUAUAACUCCAGCCCACACCCUCCACACCCCCCACCGAACAACCCCGCUCGCUCUAGUCGGGAUGGGCUCGACUCGAUUGCUCCGUGGGCCACAACGGGUGCCUCAGAUGGAGCUGGGACGUUUUUCAAUGAAUACUCUGAGCAUGAGGCAUCUCCAGCCUCUGCAACGUUUCGCCCCACGACAAGCCGGACAUUCGCCAGUGAACCGGCUGAUAUGGAUUACAACCGCGACCACAGGAGGCCUUCUACUGCGAGCAUGACCAGCAGCCAAGGAUCCAAAUCAAGUCUUAGCCAUAAGCCAUGGAGGAAAAAAUCAAAAGGAAUACCCACCGAUGAAUAUACGGCUUCUGACGAACCAGAGGAUGGUCAACAGAACCCUCCAAGCAGACGAGGGGGCCCUAUUGACCAAUUAAAAGCCCGUGAAAGAGCGAAUUCUGACGGAUCAGAUCCAUCACAGCGGCCUUCACGACCACGACCCGAAACACCCUUACCAUCAAGCGAUAUCACUCCUUGGGUGUAUCAAAAUAUCCAGGAUGUCUCUCAUUAUGGGGAAGCACCUGUGCGCCAAGUACCCAUCGGACCUGAUGGCCAAAGACUUGAAUCUCGAGCUGGAACUCACUCAGGAACUCGGGAAAAUAGUCGACGCGGCGCCAAUGGACAUCGUCAUUCCCGAAGUAAAGAGGAAAGACCUACACUGGCAGGCGACUUGGCUGGGUACCAUCGCCCCUCCGGUGGGCGCGAUGACCUUUUCUUGGGACUCAGGCCUUCCAAUGAGAGCUAUCUAAACUCAUCCACAGCCAUGAGCUCAGUGACAAAUCUUGGUGGUCGCUCAGCCAGUCCAACACCAAGCGUGCAGAGCGCUAUUUAUCGUGAUAGCGGCCAAAGCUCUCCAGGUGGUCCGCCAACCAAACGUGGCAUCUUCGACAGGGUGACAAGACACCUUAAACCAGGUCACAAACAGCACGAUAAAACCAAGCGCGAUCAGUCCCCCAACCGACGCAGACAGCCCAGCAUUGAAGGAACUUCCACCCCUCGCCAUGCUGAUGCAACGGACUCAGACCGGAAGAAGGAAUCUGGCAAAGGUCUUGGGAUCGGUGCCCGCAAGUUUCCUCGACGCGGCUUCACUCAUCUGGGCGAAAUCCCCAAAGAUGGUCAAACCCAAAGAGAAGACAGUCAUGUUUUCAAGCUCAAUACUGAUCUCACAGAUCUCAAUGGUAUUGUCACUGAUCAAGGAUUGAUAAAACGGGACGGCAUGACUACACCACGCGAAGAACUCAACUUGCCAGACAUGAUGCAGCAAGGAGACAUUGGUGACGACAGCUGGCACGCACCCGAUAGUUGGCAAGUCAAGAAGCAGCAGCAUGAUAUGGAAUUGGAAGCUCAGGAUAGCGAGCCGAAGCCCACUACAGGUCUUCGUGAUCGCGCCGGGCCCUCUUAUUUCAUCCGAGUAUUCCGCAUAGACCACACAUUUGCCACACUUUCUGCCGGUUUGAACUCGACAGUCGCCGAGAUUCUCUACAUGCUUGGACGGAAAUCGUUCUUGUCUGAUCAUCUGAAUAACUACGAGAUUGUACUCCGAACGAAUGAUCUAUCGCGGCAACUUGACCAUAAAGAGCGCCCGAUUCUUAUGCAGAAGCAGCUUUUGGAGAAAGUCGGAUACACGGAGAAGGACCGUAUAGAGGACAUUGGUCGUGAAGACCAUAGUUACCUCUGUCGCUUUAUCUUUUUGCCCACCAAGCUGAGCGGAUAUACAAGCUUGGAAGCUGAUCCUGGUUUCAACAAGAUGCAAAAGUUCAGCCAUGUUGAUCUUCAAGGUCGAAGCCUCGUGACCAUUCCCAUUACCCUCUACAAAAAAUCAUCAGAGAUCAUCUCUCUAAACUUAUCCCGAAAUCUAUCACUGGAUGUACCGAAGGACUUCAUUCAAAGCUGCAUCAAUCUGCGGGAGAUCAAGUUCAUUGGCAAUGAAGCCACUUACCUCCCGACCAGUUUCAGCUUGGCGAGUCGAUUGACCUACCUUGAUGUGUCCAAUAACUUCUUGGACCAGCUGGAGCAUGCGCGCCUUGACCGACUCACUGGCCUUGUUAGCAUAAAACUGGCAAACAAUCAAUUGACGAAGCUGCCUAGCUAUUUUGCCAAAUUUCAGUCUCUGCGAAGCUUGACCAUGUCGUCGAAUAGCUUCAAGAUUUUCCCUGAAUGUCUCUGCGAGCUAAAGAGUCUGGUUGAUCUGGACAUCAGUUUCAACGGCAUCGAGGAGCUGCCCAACAUCGGUCGAUUGAUCACGCUAGAGCGACUUUGGAUGACAAACAAUAAUAUGAGUGGGCCGCUUGACCAGUCCUUCCAGAGCCUUGUGAAUCUGAAGGAAAUUGAUGGACGAUUCAAUGCCAUCUCCAACAUUGAUAGUCUUUCUCGCCUUCCGCGCCUGGAGCAGGUCUUCUUUGGCCAUAACUUGGUAUCUCGGUUCAAAGGUGCAUUCCCGAGAUUGCGCAGCUUGCACCUGGAUCAUUGUCCCUUGACCCAGUUCGAUAUUGACGCCCCCAUGCCUACCCUAUCUUCUCUCAACCUUGCAUCUGCCAAGCUCUCUAAUUUUCGCGACGGGAUGUAUGAAAAUAUCGCCAAUGUUUCCAAAUUGAUUUUGGACAAGAAUCAUCUUUCAUCAAUUUCGGUACAAAUCGGCAAAUUGCGUCGCCUCGAACAUUUCAGUAUCAUCAAGAACCCACUGUCUUCUUUGCCUCCCACCAUUGGAUGCCUGACUGAGCUUCGGGAUUUCAAUGUAAGAGAGUGCAAUUUGAAGGCCCUGCCUGAGGAAAUUUGGCAUUGUUCUAAGUUAGAAACACUCAAUGUGUCCACCAAUAUUCUUACGACUUUCCCAAGGCACGGUGCACCAGUCCCACUGGUGCCCGGCGAACCGCCGCCAACACCUGUGGCAACCCCUGGAUUGACGGGAAGUCCGACCUGGGAAGAUCUAGGACCACUUAAUGAAGUGGAUUCUCGCCGUGAAAGUGAAAGCUCUGGCGGACCUCCUCCGUCUGGUACAUCGCCAAGCGGAUCCUAUCGAAAUCCGUCUAUUGUUCCGUCUGUAGGACAGUCUAGGAAAGUCUCAGCAGCAUCGCGAUCGGCCAAUACAGAAGGGAGCUUGAACUCGAGAAAGGACUCAUACUUCUCUCAACAAGCUGUAGCGAUCACGUUUGCAGGCUCUCUCCGGAACCUGUAUCUGGCUGACAACCGCUUGGAAGAUGAUGUGUUCCGGGAGCUGAUCCGCCUUCCUGAGUUGCGGAUUGUCAAUCUCUCGUACAACGAGCUUACUGAGGUGCCGCCGGGAGUUCUAAGACGAUGGCCCCUAAUCUCCGAGCUCUACUUAUCGGGCAAUGAGCUGACUUCCCUUCCAUCCGAUGAUCUUGAAGAAAUCAAUCAGCUCAAAGUACUUCACAUCAAUGCCAACCGUUUUCAAGUUCUGCCGGCGGAGUUGUGCAAAGUGAGCAAGCUGUCUAUUCUUGACGUUGGAAGCAAUGGCCUCAAAUAUAAUGUAUCCAAUUGGCCCUAUGACUGGAAUUGGAACUGGAACCGCAGCUUGAAAUACUUGAACUUCUCAGGCAACAAGCGACUUGAGAUAAAACCCAACAUAUCAUCCUUGGGUCCACCAUCGGGUAACGGUACAGAUCUCACUGAUUUUACAUCCUUGACUCAUCUACGGGUUUUGGGAUUGAUGGAUGUGACCCUUACCAUUCCCACUAUUCCGGAGGAGACGGAGGAUCGCCGUGUGAGAACAUCUGCCUCGCUGGCUGGCUCCCUCGCCUAUGGAAUGGCAGAUACACUAGGCCGGACCGAGCAUCUGUCCAUCAUUGAUAUGAUCGUCCCUCGUUUAAAGCCAGAUAAUGUUGAGACGUUGGUCGGCAUGUUCGAUGGCCAGGUCAACUCAAGCGGAGGUUCUCGGGUUGCAAAAUACCUACAUGAGCAUUUCACAUCUACCUUUUCUCAUGAGCUAAAGAAGCUUCAACGGGACCAGGGCGAGAGCCCAAUUGAUGCGCUAAGACGGGCUUUUCUAGGCCUGAAUAAGAAUAUGGCAGGGUCCGCGUACAGAUCGAUUGAUGAUCGCGAGCUUCGGCAGUAUCAUCGCGGAUCGAAUGCCUCCAAACAACUCAACCAGGAUGACAUCCAGUCUGGCGGAGUUGCAACGGUACUUUAUUUGAACAACAUGGAGCUCUACGCUGCAAACGUUGGUGAUGCACAGGCAAUUCUUGUCAAGUCGGAUGGUUCGCUCCGCUAUCUCACCAAGGUUCACGAUCCUGCUGAAGCGACUGAACGAGCUCGCAUUCGUGCUGCAGGUGGAUUUGUAGCCCGCAAUGGCAAGCUGAAUGAUUCGCUCACCGUGUCGCGAUGUUUUGGUCAUUUCCCGAUGAUGCCAGCUGUUAUUGCCGCUCCUUCCACCAUGCACACUACAUUAACUGAACAAGACGAGAUGAUCAUUAUAGCCUCAAAAGAGCUUUGGGACUACGUGACGCCUGAACUUGUCGUUGAUAUCACCCGGGGAGCGUACCCGGACCUCAUGUUCGCAGCCCAAAAGCUUCGAGAUUUAGCAAUCUCGUUUGGUGCUACUAACAAGCUAAUGGUGAUGAUCCUCGGCGUGAGUGAGCUACAGAAGAAGCAAAAGAAGUGGCCACGACCCAGUGUUUCCUUGGGGCCUUCUGCCUUCCCAGAAGACCAACUCAUUUCUACUUCCAAACUUCGAAAGAAGCCUCGUGAUAUCCCCAGUGACUCUCGCCUUGCACGGUUCGAUUACGUGGAUGCUCCCAUUGGGGAGCUGGCCAUCAUUUUCACUGAUAUCAAGAAGUCGACCGGUCUUUGGGAAUCAUGUCCGGAUGCCAUGCGGUCGGCUAUCCAAAUCCACAAUGAUAUUCUCCGACGACAACUUGGUAUUAUCGGUGGUUAUGAAGUCAAAACAGAAGGUGAUGCUUUCAUGGUGGCGUUUGCCACAACGACCGCUGCCCUCCUAUGGUGCUUUAACUGCCAAAACCAGCUUCUCGAGGCUGAAUGGCCCACCGAAAUCCUUGAGCAGCCGCAGUGUCAAGUUGUGGUGGACAUGGACAACAACAUUAUUUUCCGUGGUUUGUCUGUCCGCAUGGGAGGACAUUGGGGUGAGCCAGUUUGUGAGAAAGAUCCUGUGACCAAUCGUAUGGAUUACUUUGGUCCCAUGGUAAAUCGAGCUUCUCGAGUCUCCGCUGUUGCCGAUGGUGGUCAGACUUUUGUCUCGUCCGACUUCAUGAGCGACAUCCAGCGCAAUCUAGAGGUUUUUGCGGAUGCUGAACGUUCCGCAUCGACCAGUUCCACCGACAGUCAGUCGCGAGUUGAUAGUCUAGGCCACAAUAUUCGUCGUGAGCUACAGCAACUCAAUAGUCAGGGCUUUGUCAUCAAAGACCAGGGUGAAAGAAAGCUGAAGGGCCUGGAGAAUCCAGAGCCCCUCUAUCUCGUCUACCCGCAUUCGCUUGCUGGACGCUUGGCUGUUCAGGAAGAAUCCGGCGAUCAAGGUGGCCCGGCUCAAGUCCAGUCGAACUCGGAAUUGCAGCUUAAGACUGAUGUUAUCUGGCGUCUUUGGGAGGUCACCCUCCGACUGGAACGGAUUUGUGGUGCUUUGGAAAAUCCAGAUGACCCACAGCUCAGAGAACCCAAUGUUGCUCUGUUCAACAUGGUUAAGAACCACGGUGGUGAAUUGAACGAUUCCACAGUGAUCAGCCUGGUUGACCAACAGGUCACUAGAAUCGAGGCAACUAUAAAUACUCUUUCUGUUCGAAACUUGAUGCGUCCUUUCAAACCGGGCGAUCGUCUCGAAGACCACGCCGUACCCAUUGGCGAAGUGAUGCAACAAUUGCAGACCCAAAUGGCCGAAUACCGGGCCCUGAAAGAGCAGAUGGCCACCGGGAGUGCAGGCAUUCCCGGCGGGUCACCUCCAUUUGGUAGCACUCCUAUGCAUGCAUCCGAUAGUGUCGAAAGCAACGUUACAUCCUCCUCCUCUUCUUUUCUCCACCUCGCUGAGGCAGCCCAUGCCCCUCGUUCCUUCGACAUCCAAGGCAUCAGUCCGUGA